AUGGCGCCAGCGACUGGCCUACAGACUCCAGAUCCCGCGCUGCAACGCUACGCUACGGCAGAGGUACCCCAGCUCCCAGCAUUUGCGCCUGCGCCUGCAGCUGCAGAUGAUGCUGAUGCUGUUGCUGAUGCUGAGUCAACCCUGAAUAUGCGGUGGACGUCUAUCGACCACUGUGCAACCAACAUGGAGGCUCCCGGACCCAUAUGA